AUGUGUCGGUCAAGUACAUCUCGGGGCCCUGCUACCGCCAACCAGCUGGAUCCUGCAGUGCUGCAACUCGUCCCUGACCACCCAGCCGCCAAAGCAGCACUCGACGUUGCUCUUCAGUCCCUGUCACCCGCGAUACUAAACCACAGCUUCCGGGUCUACAUCUACGCCAAGGCACACUCCUCUCAUCUUCGGCAGCUCGACCCGGCCACCGUGCUCAUCGAGCCCGUCUUCGUCGAGCUCCACACGCUCUUCGUGGCCUGCCUCUUCCACGACCUCGCCACGGCGGAGAAGUACGAUGCGGAUCCCGCCCGCUUCGAAGUCGUUGGCGCCAGCGAGGCGGCAAAGGUGCUGCGCGAGUAUAAUGUGAGCGAGGCGUCCAUCCGUGAAGCCUGGCUUGCCAUGUCCCUCCACACGACGCCGGGGAUAGCAGAGGAGAUCAGCGGCACGACUGGAGCGCUUCGGCGUGCCAUUGCGACCGAGUUCAGGGGCGUGCCCAGUCCGGAGUCUAUCCUGGAUGAGAAGGAGCGCGAGGUUGUUGGGAAGCUCCCGCGGCUGGACAUUGAGAAGGUUCUUGGCGAUGCGGUUGUUCGACAGGCGCUUGAGAAUCGGGUCAAAGCACCGGCGGCGAGCUGGCCGGGCCAACUGCUCAUCUCGCACGAGAAUAACCCUGGCUGGGAUGGGGUGAACAAGGCAUUUUAA